GUGACAUUAUUCUCUUCACAGUCCUACAACUGUUAACAUGUGCUACAACUCAUCACCGUGGCAACAGACUCCUCCCUCAUUCUAUCGUCCCCAGCAGACCCCCUCCCUUGAACUCUAUGGUAAUGCUAUCUCAUUGAACAAAGCAGGAGGAGGAGGAGGGGGAGGAGGAGGAGGAGGGAGCAGGAAAUCAUCAGCUAGGAGGAGACCAAUGGGACAGGCUUAUAAUAACUACAGGUAUACAGUGUCUCAUCCAGGACUAUCAGUUCAAGGACUCUCAGUUAAUGAUAGAGUUAAACAUUUGAAGCAUCUCUCAACAGCUUCAAACUUGUCAACAUCAUAACUAACUGUACAUGUAUGUGUUCAAUAAUAUUAUUUUCCAUUAUAAUGAUACACCUGCACCCACACACAACUAAACAUAUUCAUGUGUUAUAAACAACAAAAUUAUAAAUAUACAAUAA